AUGGGUGAACAAAAUAAUAAUGAAAUGUAUCCACAACAGCAACCUCAGCAACCACAAUAUCCACCAGGUUACGACCCACAAUAUGGUGCACAACCACCACAAUAUCCACCAGCUGGUCAACCAUACGGAGCUCCACCACAACAAGGUUAUCCUCCACAACAAGCAUAUCCACAAUAUCCACCACAACAACAAGCAUAUCCACAACAGGGUUACGCACAACCAGUUUACGUACAACCAGCACCAACUGUUGUAGUAGCCAGUCCAACUGUAGCUCAUGGACACCACUCAAAUUCUGAUCAAGAUGUUAUUCCAGCUGUUUGCAUUUUCGUAAUUGGAUUUUUCCUUUGUUUCGUUUGGGUUGCCGGAUUUGCUUAUAUUAAAUCAAAGAACUCAUUGGCAAAAACCCUUGCCAUCUUAUCGGUCAUCUUCUUCUUUAUCGGACUUCUCACAAUUGUCAUUGUAAUUCCAGUGGUUGUUAUUUUGGCCGCAAGAACUGCUGCUGAAGUCGAUAACUGUUACUACAAUUGUUCAUCAAAUUAG